UGCCUGCCUGCGUCACCCAUUGGUCCCAAGAACAGUGACUUGCGGGCGGAGCAGGAAGGAAACCGCUCCCAAGCACGGCAGCGUCGUCUCCCAGCAGUGCAGCUGCCACUAUCACCGUUCCUCCGUUUGUCCAUACCUUCGUCCGCCUGCAGCAUGAGCGGUCUGCGCGUUUACAGCACGUCGGUCACCGGCUCCCGAGAAAUCAAGUCCCAGCAGAGUGAGGUGACCCGCAUCCUGGACGGGAAGCGCAUCCAGUACCAGCUGGUGGACAUCUCCCAGGACAACGCCCUGCGGGAUGAGAUGCGAGCCUUGGCAGGCAACCCCAAGGCCACCCCACCCCAGAUUGUCAAUGGGGACCAGUACUGUGGGGACUAUGAGCUCUUCGUGGAGGCUGUGGAACAGAACACACUGCAGGAAUUCCUGAAGCUGGCCUGAACCGAGCCAGCCCACUGUUCCCACUGGACUCAGCACCACAAUCUCCCACAGAUCUCACCCAGCCGUGAAGGACCCUGUGACCAACUCCUUGUUGUGACCAACUCCUUGUUGUUCCUAACUUUCUUACCUUGGAGUCCCUCACCCUAACCUAUACCCCUUUUCCUCCCUCUCUGUAGUUCCCUUUUCUCCAUUCAAAGGCAACAUUCCUUAUCUACUUGUCUCAGAAAUUGUCUUAAAACAGCCCCAAUGCUGGCUGUCCUCAGCCAGGCCUUGGGGCUGCCAACCUGCCUGGAGCUGGCUGUUGGGCACUUCUAUUAGUUCCAUUAGCCAGAGCUCUGCCAAAGGCCCCGCAGUCCCCCUCCUGGGAAUACCUUAGAGACAAUUAAAUGCCCAUUCCAUUGGCA